AUGGCAACAACUGAGUGGGGUAAAGGAAGUUUUGGAACUGUAACAGUACUGUUAAAUAGACCCAUUUGUAUUGGUAAUCCUGACAGCAUAUUCACUGGAAUCACACAACAACACAAUGGAUAUUUCAAAGAUAGAAGUGGUACAGAUGUUGUUGCGUAUUAUGAUAGCAGGAUGCUACCAUCACCCACUGUUCGCCAUAGCUCUUGCCAAUUAUUUUUAGAUAAAUUGGGACGUUGCAGCCAUUGUGAAAAGCACAGAUUAACAUUGUCUGCUAUGGUAGGCAAACAAAGCCAAUCAGAUCCAACACGAGCAAACAGCCAUGUAAAUUACAAACAUUUAACCUCUGAGCAGAAAGAUGCUAGGAUGGCUAAUCUUCACCAAGAAAAAAGGUUUUUGAAGCAGAAAGUUGUGAGGUUAAAGGUCAGGCUUGACAAGGAAAUUGCAAAGAUUGGAGUUGUUUUGGAUGAUGAUACAUCUUCAGAUUUACAUCAAAUUAUGGUAGAGCAUGAUGACCAAGUGAAGUCUACCCAUUCUCCUGAGUCAUUUCCUGCUUUAUUCUGGGAGCAACAAAAGAAAGCUGUAGCAGUGCAUAGCAGCAAGGGAAUGAGGUGGCACCUUUUAAUUAUAAAAUAG